GCAGAACCGUGGGUUUGGAAUGUGGCCUACAGUGUUUUCCAUGUUGGCUGCUGUUUCCUUGAUUGCCGCAAGGGGUCGCUAGAAGACACGUGAUGAACCCUGAAGACACCGGACACCCAGAAGUUGAAAGUGAAACCAGACAGGUCUUCAGUGAGUCCUGAGAAGCUGGAAAGUAUCGCUGCAGGUGGAAGGAGAGAACUCUGCGUCAUGGAGUUCAUCACAGACGUCACUGCCGUCAUUGAUGGAGCCGGUUACAAAGACAAGGGCAGAUUAAUAAAGAUUCUUCAGCCUUACAGUCCUGAGAGAAAAAGUUCCUCCUACAUCGUGAGAGGAAGCUACGAGGAAGUGGAGCGUCUUUCAAACAAACUGUCAGCAAUGAAACAUCACCUCAGUCCUGCAACACCUGGACGAACCCUUCAGCAAGAUCCUGCUCCAGCCAGUGUGAAAUCAGUGGUCGUGUCCUCGGUAGUCAUGAGCUACAUUCAGCAAAAAUGUGCAAAAGAACUUGACAAAAUUCAAGGGAACAAUUUUGUCAUUGAAAUACAGCCUGACCUCAGAACAGCACACAGUAACCCCGGUGUCACAGUGCAGGUGACUUUUAGACCGCAGCAUACCUCCGUACAGCCUGUUCAUGCUGACUAUGUCAGACAGAGGUUCAUCACAUUCUACCAGAGAACAGCCUCUGACUUGGAGGCCACAUUGGUCCCUGUGAGUUCACAAAGCCACAAAGACCUGCAGAGGAGAUUUCCACAACUCCUCAUUACACCCAGCUUCAACAAAGAUGAAGCAAAAGUGAGCGGGCCUUUUAUGCACAUUGCUCAAUUGAAAGAGUUCCUUUUAAAAAAUACACCAAGUCCAAGCAAGAGUCCAGUGAGCAAAGGUGCAGCAAGCAGCAGAACCUCAGGUCCUCAACCUACACACAGCAAAGAUCCUGAGGAUGAACCAUGUCUAAUCUGUAUGGAACAAAUAGUCACAAGAGAAAAGGAGACUCUGCGGUGCAAACACUCCUUCUGCAGAGACUGUCUGAAAAGAGCUUUCCACUACAAGCCUGUGUGCCCGACCUGUGGACAGUUAUAUGGCACGUUGACAGGGACACAGCCAGAGGGAGGCACCAUGACUGUCACCAAAAACUCUUCAUCUCUGCCUGGAUACAAGAAAUAUGGAACAAUAAUCAUCCAGUACUACAUUCCAAGUGGCAUCCAAAAGGAGGCGCAUCCUAACCCUGGUCAGCCGUAUGAAGGUGUGUCCCGUACAGCUUAUCUCCCAGACUCCUCGGAGGGCAGGAUGAUCGUCAAACUGCUGAGACGAGCCUUUGAUCAGAAGCUCAUCUUCACUGUUGGUCAGUCCUCCACCAGCGGCAGGAACAACACAGUCACAUGGAAUGAUAUUCACCAUAAAACCUCCACACACGGAGGACCAACUCACUACGGAUAUCCAGACCCUGGUUAUCUGAGCCGAGUUCAGGACGAACUGAAAGUCAAGGGAAUCGAAUGAGUCAACAAAUAAAUGUACUACGAUGAUCUUCGGUCUACCUUAACAGCAUUAGGGGUUCCAUGGACUUCUGAACUCUCUAAGCAUGAGCUCACAGGGCAACUGUAUAACACCAGCAGGACCAGUGGGACUGUAUCUACAAUGUAUUCCCAUUACAAGCGACCUGGUAAAAUGACUACAGUUCUACUGAAGUAGCUUGGGAAACUAUCUGAAAGAACAUCAGAUACACAUCAAAAAAUCCUAACCACCAAACUAUUCCUCUAAGAUUUGUGCACAGAACCUACUUAACACCUAAAAUCAGACAUCUGCUUAAAUCUGCUCCAUCUCCUCUAUGUUAAUUCUGUCCACAAGGUUCAGGGAGUGCCCCAAGGUCCCCAUGUCUGUCUACUAAAAAAAAAGGAUAUGGCUGUCUGGCCUAACUGCUACAAAGAAAAUCCUGGUUGUACGGUGGAAACCGCCACCACACAUUGUCAUGAAAACACUGCAGAUUUGUUGAUCACUCACUAGGGAGGGAAAUCAGGGGUGAUUAUUCUUAAUUGUUGACAUUUAGUUGUGUAUAUGUUUAUAUGUAUGUGCAGGCAUGUGCAUGUGGGUGUAUAUGAACAGGAUUGGCACAUACGAACAUAAGGAUAUGAAUUAAGACAAUGGAGGUAUAUAUUAACCUGUAUUUAUGCUACAAGUUAAGGUAUAUGUCAAGUAUGCUUGUAUAUUAUCUUCAUUUGUACAGUUGUUAAUUUUAUAGAUGGCUACAAUAUACCAUGAAUAAGUUCUAAGUUUAUUUAAUUCAGAAGCAUAUAUGUAUAUGCAUACAUGCUCUUUUCUUUAAAAAUUUUCUCCUGCUGAUAUUCAUUCUGUCAACACGCCAUAAAAAUUGUUCACAAAAAAAUAGGGAAACCACUUGUAAUCAUAUAUUCCUGUAUUUGUUGUAUCCUCAGUAAUUAUAUAAGAGCCAGGACCCUGAGAGUGACUGAGAUCUCAUGGGCUUCACCUGUGUAUUCUUCCAUGUGAAGUUAUUUAGGUUUAAUUUUGUAUUUUGUAAUUAAAUUCACAGACAAAUCUGA